AUGAUGAGUUUGCCCACUCCCCCCAGCACGUCCCACAGAGAGAGGGAGGCAGAUGCUCCCGCGGGCUCACGCGUUGUGUGGUCUCAGACCCACCAAUAUCACUGUCUCACUAGCCCGCCCCGUUUUGCGCCGUCCAAAACAGUGGCCGCAACCCCGAAAUCUAUUCUCAAGAGGCGCACUUACUCUACCUUGCCUAUUGUCGUCGCCGAGCAGCGCGAAACCACUCCAGAACCUUCCGACCCGCUAGUAGAUUUGACAUACCUGCAGUCGACCGUGUCCAAGAUUAUCGCACUCGAAACGCCUGUGCGAGAACUCAUUGAGGCGUACUCAGUUCUGGCAGCUCGACUACGGUCGUGCAUACCUACUACGGGACCUGUUGAUUCAUCGUGGCCGCUCUUCCGACCGCUGAGAAAGAACCGUGCAGCCCUCACCGACGCUAUAGUGCGCGACCUCGGUAGGGCACUGGAGGAGCCCCCGAACUCAGAAGAGCCCGCCGAACCCUGCGAGGAGCGCUGUUUACUGCCAUCGCCUGCCAAGAGUCCGCGAAAACGAGGGGGGCUGUCGGCAGAGCAGGUCAAGCAUGCGAGGGAUGUAUGCCACACUUGCCACGCCGUCAUGAGACUACUCGCAUUGGUUUUCACGACGCCAGCGCUGUAUAACAUAUUCAAGGACCUUCAACUGGACUCGAUGCUCACGCAGGUGCUGGCCAUACCUCUAGCCGAUACUCUCCCGACGCCAAACGCGAGGAAAACAUACGCUCUCGCUAUCUGGCUGAUAUCUGCUCAACGCCUUCCCUCCGAUAUUCUCCUCCCAGCGCGUGAUCGCAUUGCAUAUGCGCUCCGCCGAGGCAUUGAUGGAGAACUAGGGAAAGAGGGCAAGAAAGGGUCGGUCAGCGAUGGCCUCAAGGCCAUUCACGACUUGUCACUCCACCACCCCGAGACAUUUGUUCCCGCAUUCACAGAGCUGCUCCCCUCCGUGCUCGCUGCAUUGCUCGGCCCCACACUCACGCUCCGCGUCCAAGCGUGCCAUGCUCUGGGCGGGUUCGCCUAUGCAGUAGCCAGCAUGGAACGAUGCCAACUCCACACCCGUAUAUCAACCACAGUCGCCGAUUUCUUCACGGAAGGAAUGUCCGCGGCUAUCUCUGCGUCACCCAUCAAAUCCCCGUCGAAGUCACCCUCGAAAGACCCCCCGCUCAUUCGCACCCUCCGCACGACUCUCCAGCGACUGAGCCCCAGCACCCCGCGCAAGGGCCUUCAACGCUCCGUCCGGGCGAUGCUUGCUGUCGGGAUGCGUACGAAGCGCAGUUCUGUAAGGGCGGUCCUCUGUUUAGUAUGGCGCUGCUUGGCAUGGGUGUACUUCCAACCACCAUUGUUGCCCGAUCCUGAUUCGGAGUCGGAAGUCGAGGAGGAAGAUGAUGACGAUGCGUUCAAGAAACCCGACGUUCGAGGGACAUUCUGGGAUCUGAUAUCGACGUACAAGGAUAUGGGCUGUGGAGUCAACCUCAUUUACGCGCUUCUUUCUGAUCCCAACACGCGCGACGAGGAGCGGUUGGAGAGGGCAUUUGCAAUGCUGAAGGCGAUGUUGAAGCGCGGCGGGACCACUCGCGAGGAGGCCAUGCUGGUGCUCAGGCGACUCUGCAGCUCAGACGCAGAGGCUGAUGCUGACGGCUUCGAUAUGAAGAGGAUGCUCCCUCCAUCGUUGUUCUCCGCCAAUCCUGGAUUACUCAGCGUCGACUACAAGAACCUCGCCACGGUAGUCAAACCCAUGUUUGGUGACUGCUUACAAGUCGACGAUAUAACGCCGCUGACCCACGAAGAACUCGCGAGGGAGAGCAUCCUUGACGAGCUGUUAGAGAUAUGGAAAGAUGGAUUCAAGUGCGUUGAGAUGCCGGAUCGGGCUGACCCACCUGAAGACAUCGUCGCUACGUGGGAGGGUGUUGUCAAGGCCAAUGUCGCAUUCUCCCAAGACUCUGGCGAUGAUGAUGCGACUGCUGAGUUCGCGGUACGGGCUGUGAGUGUCCUGAUGGGUCUUCUGCAAGAUGAGGACCUCGACGUACGGGUCAAACAACAAGUGCUUUCUCCGGGGCCCCCAGCAUCCAGCCCAGUCAAGCGACUUCGUAAGCCCGUAGAAGUGAACGAACGGACAAACGCCUCGCUCCUCCUCACCAUCGUACAUUGCCUGUGGACCCACCUGCAGCAAUCUAUGCCCCGCGAGCUCCUGGGCGACGCCGCCAAAGAGAUGCUUACCGGCAUGUGGACAGUCGAGGACCGCUUGGCGUCCGAAGCACGAGCAGAGUGGGCCUCACUGUGUGCCGAUGUGCUGUUAGUAUGUGAGGGCUGCAGUGUCGAUGUGUUCUGGAGCCGGGCGUCGGACUGGGCAGAGGAGGAUGUACGCGUGUCUUGGGAGGCCUUCACCGAGAGAUGGCGCCGUGACAGCAAGGCGGGCUGGGAAGGCGCUGUGGCCUUGCUGAAUAUUCCCUUCGAGUCUGGCAAAGCUUGGGAGCUCCGUCUACCAGAGGUCGAGCUUUGGGAGAAUCUCCUUACUUACGCUGUCAACAGUGCACUGGACUACGGUCACGAAGCGGGGCAUGUCCUCGAUCAAGUCGCCGGCGCCAUCAUGCGCAGUUACGACCCAAGCUCCUCAGCGAUCGUUCGCAUCGCUGAUAUCCUUCUCUCACAAUUGAAUAUCUCAGAGGCCAGGGAACUUCCGUGCACGCUCCUGCAGUUCGUCAACGAGGCGCUGCUGUCAAGUUAUCCUCCUGAGCCACGGAAUACGGUGCAUAUUAUGUGGGUAGUGCGGGCGCUGACGGACGUGCUGGAGAGUUGUCCCCUGGAGAUGGUCGUGGAACUGAUGGAGCUUGUGGGUGAGGGUCUCGGCGUCUGGGUUUCAGAUGAGUGUAGUGCGCUGCCGCUGGAUGACUACGCGUAUAAUUUGGUUAACAUUAAACUUAAACCCAAGAUCGCUAUCAUGUACGAGAUGGUUCUGGCCACGACCCGCCCUCUACCAGCGACCGAGGACCUUGUUGAACGCCUUUCGCCAUUCCUCGAGUCAGCCCUCCAAGGACGGUCUGAUAAACCAGCCUCGGUCUGCGAAGCACUGCGUGAAAGCUGGGACAGCAAAUAUUCCGUGGCUUCCAUACCCGCUUCUGCUUGGCCAGUUUCCAUCCAGGAGUUCUUCGGUCUGACCGCUCCAUCGCAAGAACAGGACGUUGAGGAUUCCCCAGUUUCGAUCGUCGCUAUUGUAGAACAAGAGGAACCUCCACAAGUAUUAGGGCCUGCUGUCCUCCUUCAAGCUCCUUCGACCCCCGUUCGCCCCCGCUCAGCCCCUCGCCACCUGAUACCAACCUCCGAGCCAGUCUUCCGCUUCGCCCCUCUCCAGAGCCCCCGAUCCCCUGGUGCCGCUACGCCUCUUCUCAUUCCCUCCACCCCGACCAGGACCCCUCUGUUGAAGUCGAAGAGACGCCUAUCACCUGGAUCUGCACUCACCAUGUCUCCCUCGAAACGCCGCCGACUCGAAGCCGAAAAUAAGGAAAACGAGUCGCCAGUCGUCAUCGCCUCUGUGAUGGAGCGCAUUCUUAACCAGACCCCGGUGUCGGUGAAACCGAUGAAGCGGGCGAUGCGGGACGAGGAGGACGAGGACGAGGAGAUCCACCAUCGGGUUUUGAAAAAGUCGAAGUCGUUCCCGCCUUCGAGCCAUCAUGACGACGACGAGGAAAGUUUGGUGGAGGCACAGUUGCUGCCCUCUCUUCAUGAUGAUGUGUUCUCGUCGUGUUCUCGUUCUGUCGGAAGCCAACUGAAGAGGAAGCUUGUCUUCGACGCAGUGGAAGUGCCAUCACUUCGAGACGCAUAUGGAUCAGGGCUGUCCCGCUCUGCGACGCCAAAAUCCCGUAUACGUCCCCGUGUAUCGAGUUCCACUUGCAGGACUGCUCGUCGACACUUGGACUCUGGCUAUGAGAACAAACCCACUCCUGCCUCGGCCUUUACCCCCCUUCGCGAUAGCUUCAUGACCAAGCUGCUCGGGUCUCCUUCGCCCCUCCCAGAGAUAGCUGUUCCAGACAGUGAUGAUUCCAUCAUGGCUGAUGACGUCCUCCAGAAAUCGUCUUCAGAUGUCCCGUCGUCGGACGAUUUUUUGGGCGUGGUGACUCCCCACCGUUUGAUCUCUCCUCCGCCGCGCCGUUCUGCCUUCAAUGCCGAUCCCCCGAGCGACGACUCCGUUAUCGGGUCCAGCCCCACGCGACACAUCGCCGCGCGUAGAUUGUCGCGCCAAAAUUCAAAUUCUUUGCAGCGACCCGCUAUGAUUUCGAUGGAGACUUUGUAG